GCCUGCGCCUGCGCCGUUUGUGUUGGCCCGAUGGGGAAGUACAUGAGGAAGCGCAAGCGCAACGUGGGGAGGACGACGCCGGCCGCGGAGCACGGCGUGAGGACGCGUGCCCAAUCCGACGCCGUCGCGAGCACAGCUUCUGCGGCGGCGGCGGCGGCGCCCAAGAGGCCGAGGAAGCAGACGACGGCGGCAGUGACUGGGAACACCAGCGGGGCAGCGGCGCCAGGGUCCUGCUACCUGCACCUGCGGACCAGGAGGCUGCAGUUCCUGCCCGGGGGUGAGGGCGAGGUGCAGCGUCCGGUGCCGCCGUUGCCUGCGGCGGCGGCACAGCGGUCGUCGUCUGUAGCUUCCGGGGAGCCGGUGGAGGGUGCCGGGAGCUCGAGGUGCUCCAGCACGGCGUCGUCUUCGGUGGACGUCGUCGUCCUGGCGGUGGCACCGGCUAGCGAGAGGGGCGGCGGUGAAGCGGAGGAGGCACGCAACGACGACGACGACUACUGCGGCGACGUCGAGAGCGUCGUCAGCGACUCGGCCGAGUGCUGCCGCCGCGACAGGAGGAGGGAGACGACGCCGUCGAGCCAGGCACGGGUAGAUCGUCCCUGCAGCGACGAGGAGUGCAGCCAGGCCGCAGACGGCCCAACGCGCCACCGUCGGCGACGGAAGGCUUUGGCGGCCACCGCGACAGCCGCGGUCGCUUGCAGAGCGAGGGCGACGCCACCGGCAGAAGAGAUCGAGCAGUUCUUCGCGGCCGCGGAGAAGGCCCAGGCCGAGCGCUUCGCAGCCAAGUACAAUUUCGACGUCGCACGCGGGCUGCCGCUCGGCGCCGGCCGGUACGAAUGGACCCCGGUAGCCAGCGGUUGGUGACGACGCACGUGCGCGUGCGCGCCGGCCGGAAAGCUAGCGGCGGUGGCGCAGAAGAAUGAGUAGCUAGGAGGAAGGAGACGCCACUGGGAAAGUGGGACGAGCGUACAGACGAUAAAAGGACUGAAGGAGAGCAGAGACAGAGCAUUUUCACAGCAGUAGCUGUAGCUCCCCCCCUGUUUUGUUCAGAAUUCUGCUGGUGAGUGUAACUCCUGCUUCUGCACAGCCGGCAUUCAAUAUGUCCAGUACAGUUCCACAUCAGCUGACGCCGCCACGACAGUUUUACCACACCGUCACCUUGUUUUUGCUGACAACGCCUCGGUACCUCGCAGUCUUUUUGUUGCUUUC